AUGUCUCAACAAAAUAUUCAUUCUUGUUGGUUAAUACAUCUCAAACAAAACUCUGAUUUGGAAGAAGUUAAAAAACAAAUUCCUCAAUUUAUUUUAUUUACUACACCAAAAAAUUGUCGUGAAGUAACUCAAGAUGAAUUUUCAAUUUAUGGAAAAGAUAUUCCUAUUUAUCAUAUGUAUACAUUUGAAGAUCCAUAUAUUAUUUCUCAUUUAAAUAUUGCUCAAGAAUAUAUAACAAUCAUGUAUUUUAAAAAUGGUAAAUGCCUUGUUCAAGGAGAAAGUUUUGUAGAAUUUAAUAAUAAAAUGAAAAAGGCAAUAAAAACCAAUAAUUUUAGUGAAGGAUUAGAUAAGACUCAAUGGUUAAAAACAAACACUGAAAGUUAUAUGAAAAAAUUAUAUCAUACAGUAAAUAAAAUUAAAUUAAGAAAUGAAGAAAUAAUAGAUGAUAGAAUUAUAGAUUGGAUGGAUGGGUUAUAA